UCAACGGCCGCCCGGCGCCGGAGGAUGGUGACUCUGGUGGCGGCGACCACCGUGGACCCGGCUUCUAUCGGCCUGGGUCUUCCCUUCUGGCCAUGCCCGGUUGGCGCCCGGGCCCUUCCGCGCAGGGCAUGCUGAGUUUUGCAGAUGAAGAGGUGAGGCUGUUAAAGCUCGAGAACCACCUCGUGAGAGAGGAUCACCUGGACAAGCGUUGGGAGGGGGCGACGGGCGAGUCGGUUGAUGGAGCCAUUUUCCUCAGCAGGCAUGUUGCUGCGUCUAAUCGUCCGGCGCUCACCAUUCAUCCGAUUGGUCCACCGCAUCUGCGUGAAGAUGAGGUUUUGCUGGCUGGUGGGAGGCCAGGGUGGGCGGCCCCUCCAAAUCCUCGGAUUGGACCUUGGCUGAGGCUCUUGAACAACAUUGCCGAGUCGCACAGCCUAGUUCCUGAGUUUGAGGUCACUUUGGAGGCUACUCAUCACGGACCAGAAAUUAGUUCACCAGCAAUGUUUAUAGAGAUUGGUAGUACAGAGGAGUACUGGGAGAGGCAGGAUGCGGCCCAAGCUAUUGCUUUAGUGAGUACUUGUGUUGAGAACUCUGUCAUCAUAUGUGUUUUUUGUUCUGUUACUACGUAGUUAUCUUAAAUCCCGAGUAAUAGACUCCAAUCACAUUCUUUUGAGGACUUGUAGAGGCAUAACACUUCAUACUCAACUCUAUUCAAGUCAGGUUUCUCAGCAUGCUCCACCUAGUUCCCACCAAUUUCAGAGUUGGUUAUAAAUAUCCCAUGUCUUGUUACUCAAACCUCAUGCACUGGUCUUU